AUGCACCUCCUCGACCCCCUCACCCUCCUCCUCACCCUCCCCCCCCCAACCCACGCCCUAAAGAUCGCCUGCGUCCAACAAUGGAUCGAACACACCCCCCUCCCCCACGCCGCCAGCACCUUCUACACCCCGCAAAACCCCUCCGACCCCCCCAUCACCAUCGUCACCGGCGGCGUCGCCAACCUCGCCACCGACCGCAGCAUCGACCUCGCGGCCAACGCCGAAACCCAAGGACUCAAAAACUACAACCAACACCGCAACCACCGCCUGAUCGGCAUCCUCGUCGAAGUCACCUACCGGCUGGUCGCGCGCCGCGCCUCGGGCAUCACCACGCUGACCGACCUGCGCGGCAAGCGCAUCGGCACGAUCCCCGGGACGUCGGCCGAGGUGUUUGUGCGGCAGCUGAUGGGCAGCGCGGGGUUGCAGGCCGGGAGGGAUUACACCACCGUGGCGGGCGGGCUGUCGACGUGUAUGCGGGCGCCGUGCGGGCGGGGCAGUUUCCCGGCGGAGUUGGUGGCGGGGCGGAUUGAUGCGUUUGGGGUGUGGGAGACGGCGGUGGAGUUGGGGGUGCAGGCGUUGAUGCAUGAGGAGGGGGGGCAGGGGGCGGUGACGUUUAAGAAUGCGAGUGUGUAUAGGGAGGUGUAUAGUUUGUAUUCGACGGAGGAGAAGUUGAGGAAUCCGGUGGUGAGGGGAAGGAUUGUGAGGUUUGUGAGGGCGUUGAAUCAGAGUUUUGGGGUGUUUAGGGAGGGGGGGCAGGAGGUGGUGGACUAUGUGGGGAAGAAGGUGGGUGUGGACGAGCCGGUGUUGAGGAAUGUGUGGGAGGAUCAUGUCUGGGGGCCGGGGAAUUUGGGGACAGGUUUGCUGGAUUACUUGGAGCAGGAGGACCAGUACCUUGCCAAGGUGGACAACCGGAAGGCGUUGACGAGGGCGGAGCUGGAGAAGUUUGUGGAUACGAGUGUGUAUGAGGAGGCCAUGCGGGGGUAG